UGCUUUAAAAUAAUGAAAAAUUAAUGGAAAAAAAAAAAAUGUAAAUAAAUGAAACUUUGUUACUUAACGUUUGUGUAAAAAAGAAGCCAGUGUAACAUUUGUGUAACAAGAAAAAAAAAAAACAAAGGAAAGAAAGAAAAAAUCAUAUUAAAAAUAUGAAAAAAUUUCGGAGUUUUUGGUUGUGUGCUUGCAUAAGUUGAAAAAAAUAUUUUCACAUAUGUUUACCUAAAUAUACAUAUGCAUAACCUGCAAUGUAUCUUAUUAAUCACAUAACACGCAUAAAUAUUCAAAGUGAUUAAUCGAAUAAACAGAAAAAUCAAAGAUGAAACAAAUGAAAAUUUUACAAAUCUCUCUUUAAUAUCAUUAUACUUAAGUACGGGUAUUAAAUAUUGCCUCUCUCUAAAAUAUUUUAGAAAAGUUUCAAAAAAAAAUAAAAAAUUAUUAUAUCAGAAAAAAAUAUAUGCAUAUUAAAAAAAUAAAAAAAAAAACAAUAAAUUAAUUAUGAAUUUAAAUUAAUAUUAGUUGAAAUAUAUUCAAAGUUAACUAACAUUUAACAGAGGUAUUGCGAUGCAUUUUUGCUCUGGAUAAAAAGGAUAUCAGAAAGAGAAACUUAAAAAAUCUUUUCUUUUUUGUUUUUGCUUUAUGAAAAGAAAAUCCGAAACCACCUAACGAGUCCUAACCUAAGUGAUCCUUUAGCAAUGAAUCGGCUGCGAUAUCCUUGUCAAUGAUGGACGACAAAAGCAGAGGAAAAGCUCUUCGCCUGCUGCUAAUAUUCGUUAAAACAAUCAGUCAAGCGGUGCUAACUAAUAAACGAGCCAACAUUAAACAUUGCUCCGUGUGCCUGUAAUUGCAUUUUAUUCUGGAUAUAUGUAUAAGGCACAAGCACAUACAUAAAACACGCUCAUACACACAAAUAUAUAUAUAUCUAUAUAUGUACACUCAACAAUAGAUACAUGUAUUUGUGUAAUUACUUUAUGCAAAUACCUUACAUUGAACCAAAGAAAAGUGCAUCGCGUAAGAAAACUAAGAAAUCCUUCUGUAAUUUAAUUGAUAAAAAGAAAAAGAAGAAGAAUAUAAUCAAUUUACAAGAAAACUUUUCCUUUUUGUACGCAAUCAUUCAAGUCACACACCUAUCUAUACGCCUACUUACCUACUGACUUUUCUACGUAAUUGAUUGCAAAUAAAGGAAGAAUAAAAAGAAAAAAAGGAAUAAAAGAAGGAAAAGAGAAACAACAACCAAAAUAAUCAACGAAACAACAGUCACCCAACAAAUCAACCAUUCAGCCAACUACUAGUUUACCAUACAAGCUAGAUAACGCGACUAAAAGGACGAACAAACACAGUAUUGCAUAAAACACAAAUUUACUUAGACAGUAAAAGCAGCAGCAGCAGUAGCAGCAGCGACAGACCUAUCAUUCACUUGCAAGGCUGCUAAGAUGAGUGUAGCUAUGCGUAUAAACAAUGGCUUACAUCACGCUGUGUCAUUAGGUACUAUUGAUUCAUCCAUGAAGCCUUCUUGUUCCACGCAAGUUGAUCGUAAUUAUGAUUCGGAAGAUGAAAAUACUGGUAGGCGUAAACUUCGCCAUACCUCGUCAACUGAAUUAUAUUCAAGACCGUCGCAAUAUUCCAAAGGAGAUAUACGUGAACAGUAUUGCCUAACGGAUCGCCAACUGAAUACAAUUGAACGUUCCCGUCGUGAUCGCUUCUUUGGUUGCCUGUCGCGGCGAACAGCGCCACAAUCUCUAUUGGGUGGUUGCGUGGGCCGACGAGUGCCAUCCGAUGAUAAUUUGGCAGCUUAUGCUCCGUUCUACAAAUAUCCACGUUAUCCAAAUCAAUAUCCUCAUGAAAUUAAUGAAACUGUAAAUAAAAUGGAUUUGGAUAGUUCCUAUUUUCGACGUCAACCAGCUUCCAUAUUGAGUACUUCGAAGAUGGUGGACACAUCAAGCACGGAAAAUCGCCGUUCUUGGAUCGAAACAUCACAACAACAGUCUUACUAUCAUAACAAUAAUAAUAGUAAUAGUAAUAAUAAUAACAACGAGAAUUUGACCUAUUUCAACGAAGAAAGCUCUUAUCACUGCCCGUCUAAUGUGGGAGCUCCGGGACCACCGACACCGAGAACUAAACAUGUUAGCUUUGCUCGCUCUCAUACAUUGACAUCAUUUGACGACUUCAAUGUUGGAUUUCGUUCAUCGGGUCGUAUAAAGACUGCCCAAAGUCAAGAACGUUUAAUAGGUGGGAAAAAGCCUAUGGGCUCUGUAGGUCCCUACUACGAUACUUUGCCUACGUAUGUGGGGCAAUUACCUGUUAUGGGCCCGAAUUCUACCAUACAUAUGAUAACACAGGCUCCUCCUCUGUUACAACAUGGUCACUCACAUCACGGACAUGCACAUCACGGGCAUUUAAGCCAUAUGCAUCCAUAUGCAACCUCGUUUACAACCGAUCAACAUGUACAAACUCAGCAGCCUACAGCCGCUUUAUUGACACCACGGCCUUUGAUAGAGGAUAUAACAACUUUAAGUGUCAUGCAGGCUCCACUUAUCACUUGUAAUGCACAAAACAUACCGCCACAGAGCCCCGAAAUUAUAGUAGUAGAAAAAAAAUUCCGUAACGCUAUGAAAACUCAAGCUACUCAAACGGAUAUACGCAAACAUGAAUUUGAGCAAAGUUUGGCAUUGAGUCCUCGUACUACACACCGGGUUAAGGUAGUUUCCCAGGGAGCCCAAACUAAUGGCUUCCAAAAUGGUAAGCCAUUAGCCAAAAGUUUGUCGCAAAUACCGAAUGUAAGCACCAAGGUAGUAGAAAAUAGUGUUCAGCCUCUACCACACGAGGUUAUUUACCGUACUCAAUCAGAGGAACCGCCACGUUCCCCGUUGGAAAUCAAUUUCUCCUAUUAUCAGCCACCCCCUCCGCCCGAAUAUCAAAAUCAAAAAAAAGAACAAUCGUUUCUACAAAAAGACGAUUCUUUCUCAUAUGAAAGCAAUAGCCUGCCACGUCGUACUUGUGGUUAUCGUUUGGAUACCGAUUUCCAUAGCUUACCUAGAAGAGAUUUGCAAAAUCUGCAGGACAUAUGUAAGCAUAUAACGGAAUGCGCUGAACUUAUGGGUGACGUUUCGUCGGAUUACACUUCUGAUCUUUUGCCACCGCCUCAAGAAUAUUGCCACGAUGACGACGAUUCUCUAGACAACGCUCAAACUUAUCCAAAGGAAACGAAAGAUUUUCAACGUCGAAAAUUUUCCGCAAUGUCUGCCGAAUCGAAGAAUGAUACCCCUUUUCGAAGAGAUGAUGUACGCAGACAAUCAAUGCCGAUUUACGUUAAAACAGAGAAAUUACUGGAUCUGGACUAUUCAAUUAAUGGAUCGCGAAAAUUUUUUCGAAAAUCUUUCCGUGAUGAUAUGUCCGACGAAAAAGAGAUUAUUAUUGAUUUUAAACCGUAUAGUUCGCAAAAACUACCUAACUACAAGACCCUCAAGCAGCAAACUCAACGUAAUAAACUUGAAGCAGAGCCAACUCCUGAAACAUUAGUAAAGGACUCCGUAGAGGAAUUGUCGGUAGAAGGCAGUGAUCAAAGUGAUGAUCAGGCUUAUGAUCCCGUUUAUGAAAAUAUACAAAGCUGUAAUUAUAAAAUACCGGCGGUACAAGAAGCUGCUUGCAGUGACCAGGAAGAAAAGGCUGGAGAGGAGAAAGCUCCAACGGCCAUAUCAGCACCCGCAAGCCCUUUAAAAGAAGAGCCUAUAGGUCGUGCCUCUACCUAUCCUUCCUCGGAUUCUUUAGCCAAUGAUAAUACAAGAGACCACUCGGAUGGCCAUUGGAAUGAAUCUGAAGUUACGGUAUUGACGGCAGAGCAACGAUCGGAGGCUUCUUUUAACUCUAAUCUAUUAUUGACACCCUCCACUAGGCGUAAAAAUCUUUUAUUGCAGCAUCAACAACGAAGUUCAGUGGAUACAGAAGCUUUGGAUCUAGAAGAACAGUUUACGGAUCAGAGUCCUACAAUUAGUCAAACGUCAUCGACUAUAAAAGCAAAAUCUCCGGAUGUAAAAGAUUCGUAUUUAGGUUUCCAAGGAAACGUGCCUAGGAUAGUAUCGCCUUCCAUAGAGGUGGAAUUAUCUAUUGACACAAAACUACCACCCUUGGCUUCUCCGAGACUAUAUCGGAAAAACGCUACAGCUUCUCCUAUACAACAAACCGAACAACGCCGAUCAUCGGAAAUAUCUUUGAGUUACUUAAAUAUGCUAGCGGAUAAUCACAGAAAGCAAAGUGCCGGGAAUGCUGAUGUCUCAGAAUGUAGUACUAAUACAAAUACAGACGAUUACGGUACUUGCACCGAUACCUCGAGGCGUACGGCAGUUUCCACUCAGAGCUCACAAAUGGAUAAAACCCACGGCGAAUCAUCUUUUGAAAGCGCUUCUUCUUUGUAUUCCUUAAAAGGAGAAGCACUCCAAGAAGAUGAUUUAUCCUUGGAAGUCAAGUCUAAAGCUGAUUUAAACCUUAAUUUAACACCCUAUCCAGCGGACGUUGCAAAAAAGUCACCCUCACAUUCAAUCAGCAGUACAUCCUCAGGUAGUUAUAAUGUUGGCGAAAGACGGACAUCAGAAUUGGAGAAAUCUUCACCGGCCACCUCGCAACAAAGAGAAGCAUUACUCAUUCAAAAAGAGUCCAUAUCCGAAGAUGAGCGUAGUGAAUUGCGUUAUUCCUCUUCCGGUUACUAUGAAAGUCCUCAUGACGACGAAUUUCAAAAGAAGAAAGCCCGGCGUUGUCGGCGCGAAGAUGAAGAACGUAAGCGACAACGAAAAUCAUCAAUCAAAUUGGAUAUAGAAAAAGAGAAUUUGAGAGCUUUAACUAGUCCUAUUAAAAAGUCACCAGACAGUCAAAGAAGUUCUCAUUUGGUCGAGUCGAUUAGUCCAGUUAAACUCAAACGUUUCCGUCCUAAAAUUCGACGACAACUACGGCGAUCUUCUAAAGAUGAUACUUUACCUAGGCAACGUAAGAUGGCUAACACUUUAUCGCCCAGUCAGAGUCAAGCAGAAAAGCUAUUGGAUGUAGGUUUAGUGACGUCACCCACUAAGGAUCCAGAAAUCAAGCCAUCCUCGAACGGUCAAAGAGAAACUUCGCCUAAAUUGAUUAAUUCACUGACUCCGACAUAUUUAAAGUCUUCAUCGGAUACGUGUCAAUUAAAAGCGAAAUCUAUAGAAUCUUUAAAUCGUUCGGUAUCACCUGGCUCUGAUUCGGUAUUUUAUAGCGAAGCAGAUGCUAAUAAUGCAGAGGCGAACAGCGGACAUUGUUCGCAUUGUGGCAAAGAAGUUGAGGAGCCGAGCGUAGUAUGCGGUUCAGUGGAGUCGUUACCAUAUAUAGACAACGAACCUGACAUUGUGAAACCACCGUCCGAUUUCGCUGAUUCGCCAGUAAUUAGUAAAACAACACAGCGCUUAUAUAAAAAAAUGGAUAAACGUUUUCGUUCCGAAGAACGUUAUCAGGGAGAGAGAGGACGACAUUAUAAAAGUCGUAAAGAGAAUAUAAGGGCAAAAAGUGAAGAACGCAACCAAGAAUUAAACAAAAAAAGUACAGCAAAUAUAAGGUUAGUUGGUUCUAGUCCCUGCAUAUUGCCCGAGCCUAAUGGUGAAAAUAAACAACAAACCAUUUACAUCGGACACUACGAUUGUUCACGUUACGCCCGAUUAACCGACUCCGAUAUUUGGGCUCAAUUAGACCAUCAAAGUUUAGAACGUCAACGUGAUCGUCGUUUGUCAACCGAAUCGGAAAGAAGUUUCUACACCAAAUAUCAAGUGAUUCUCCACCGUCUGGUGCAAAGACGCUGCACACUGGAAAUGUAUCAUCGGCAAAAGAACGACAUAUUUCGAGCCGAUAAAACUGUUGUCGUUAAGAGCGAUUCGGGCGAAUUUGGAUUUCGUAUACACGGAUCUAAGCCGGUAGUAGUGGCGGCCAUAGAACCUGAAACGCCAGCUGAGAGUUCCGGCCUGGAAGUAGGCGACAUUAUUAUAUCCGUGAACGGUGUUCAAGUACUGGAUAAGCAUCACACUGAGGUUGUCAAGAUAGCUCAUGAUGGAUGCGAGAAAUUGGAAUUAGAAGUGGCGCGCACCUUGGGUGUUCUGAUGAAUGAACAACAGGAACCACCGGUACAAAUUAUUUAUAGCGGAUAUUUAUGGCGACAAAGUGGCCAAGCCAAGGGGGCACCCGAUACUAGAAAAUGGGUACAAAGAUGGUUUGUAUUACGUUCAGAUAAUUGCCUAUACUACUACAAGACUGAGGAGGAUUCUCAACCAGUGGGUGCCAUGAUUAUGGCUAAGCAUACUGUGGAAACAUGUCCUCCAAAAAUUGGUAAACCUUAUGCAUUUAAAGUGGAUUCGGGCGAAGGUAUCCCUAUUUACGUGGCAGCCGAUAACGAGGACUUGGCCAAUCUUUGGAUGAAUGUAUUAAAAAAGGCAGCAGGCCAAGAAAAUUCAUGGUUGGAUAAAAGCGCUCGCAACCUAUACAAAAUGCCAAAUACUAUAACACGUCCCGAUUGCUUUGGUUACUUAAUGAAAUUAGGUUCCAAAUGGUGUGGUUGGUCCAAACGCUAUUGUGUGCUAAAAGAUGCUUGUCUGUAUUUCUUUCAAGAUGCAGGUUCUAAGUCAGCAUUGGGUAUGGUUUGUUUGCAUGGCUACAAAGUGGCUUCUAUGCCCACAGGCACUUCUGGUAAAAAGAACUCCUUCGAAAUUAUACCACCUGAGUCCAAAUUAAGACAUUAUUACUUUUAUACGGAAUCAGAAAUGGAAAAGAAAAGAUGGAUUUCAGCUCUUGAAUAUUCGAUAGAUCGUUGGAUUAAAUCCGGGUAACUAAGGUUGAAAACUUGGCCGAAAUCAUUAUAUAGCACUAAAAAGAAACGACGUAGUUUUAGUUAUUUUAUGGAGUAGUUAAGUAGUUCGCAAUCAAACGAUCAAUCAUUAAAAAUAUCGCAUAAAUUUAUGCAAACACAGCGAAUUAUCCAUACACACGAACACGCACGCACACCAAGCUACACAUAUAUGAUCUCACAUUAUAUUUUUAUUUGUAAACAUCGCAACACAUAGUAAUUAACAGUUCAAAAUCAACAAUUCCUUAGAUGAGCAAUUAGCACCAAAAAGCAUUAAAAGAUAAAAACAAACGAACACAAAAACAAAAACAACAACAACAACAGUAACAGCAA